UGGCAUUAGUUGCAAAGUGUCUCAGCACAGAAACAAACGUUAAGCGACGGUGAAGCAAAGUGCAUAAGACUGUUUUAAGUAAAAUGGGUUUGACCGGUAAAAAUGUGGUUUUCGUUGGCGGUUUGGGCUUCAUCGGCUACGAAGCCUGCAAACAGAUUAUGACCAAGAAUGUGUCGUCUUUCUUCGUUUUCGAUGUUUUGGAAAAUGCUGAGAAUAUCAAAGCCCUACAGGCCAUCAAUCCCAAGACCAAAGUCUACUACACCAAAUUCGACAUCACCAACAAGGCGAGCAUUAAGUCGGCACUCGCCGAUGUUGUCGCCAAAGUGCAAUACAUUGAUGUACUCGUCAAUGGCGCCGGCAUACUCGCCGAUCCCAAUGUUGAGCUGACCAUGAACAUCAACUUGAUUGGUCUCAUACACACCACGCUCGAGGCCAUUCCACUCAUGGACAAGAACAAGAAGGGACGCGGCGGUCUGAUUGUUAAUAUUGCUUCCGUUUUGGGUUUGGAGCCCGCACCACCCACCGCCGUCUACUGCGCAUCGAAAUUCGGUGUUAUGGGCUUCUCGCGUUCAAUUUCCGAUCCCUACUAUUACAACCUUACCGGCAUUGCGGUGGUCACUUUCUGUCCCGGUUUGACCGAAACGCCAUUGAAGAACAACAUUGCCACCAAAUACACUUUUGAGUACUCCAAGGCGAUUGGUGAGAAACUGAACAACACCAAGACACAGAAACCCGAAGCUUGUGGCGCUCAUUUGGCUCAGGUGGUCGAGUCAGCCGAGAAUGGUGGCAUCUAUAUCAGCAACCAAGGCACUUUGUCCAAGGUGACACCCACCGUGUACUGGGAACCCACAUUCAACUAGGUUUUCCAGCGCACUUCUGAGAUAUUUUUGAAUAUUGUAUAUACAUGUAAAUAUGUACAUGCAUAUGUGUAAAUAUAUAUAUAUAUGUUAUUUAAUUUAUAAGUUAAAAGUCUGAAUUGAAUAAAUAUUCAUUAGUUUUGCAUUAAAA